AUGUGGACGAGCUCGCGCGCGUCUCCUGCGGCCGUCAGCUGCUGGCCAACGUCUGACGUCCUCGGACGGCUGCGUAUUGACCCGCCCUCCGACCGUACCACCCUUGGCUACGCGGCGACCGAAGCCUACGUCGCGUGCACAGCGCUCACGAUUGCGCCGCUGAUCGCAGACGCUUGGGUCGCCAGCGUGGACGCGCUUAGACGCACCACCCAGCCCACUAAGUUUACUUCCCAGGACGACGAUGACGAGACGGCAGCGCUAACCGGCGACGCCCAACUUGACCAAGCCCGUCUGAAGAAGGUCGUGCACACGCUUCUGCACCGCGCCGCCUCCAAGCCGUUCAACGAGACAACCGUGAUGAUCAUCGACUCGACAAAGACGCCCAGCAGGGCUCCUACGGGCAAUCUACGCACGUCUACGGCCGAGACGAACGACCAGAUUCUUGCGAUGCAGCAGCAAGAGCAGCGCCUUGCGCACCAGAUCACCGACAUCAAGGUCGUUGUCGAGCCCAUGGUCAAGAGCGACAAUUUUGACGCAACAGUGAGCAACGUCAUGCUACCGAUGUCCUCGCAGAAACCUUCUCGCCGUCACCCGUUGGCCAAGCGCUCGAUGUUGUACCGGUAG